AAAGGGAAGGGGUGUAGGAAAGAAAAGCGAAGGCAGUAAAGAGCUUGGGCUUGUGGGGAAUGUGGUUAGGAAGUGUGUGCUUGUCGCUGAACCCUCAGUGGGUCCUGUAACCUUUGCCUCCCACUGGGUGGAGUAGGGCCUUUAAGAGCAGCUGGAAUGCAGUUCCCCUGAUCAGCAUAGCCAGUUAUUCCCUGUCUGAACCUCUGCUAGCCCUAGAGAACGGUAUUCUGUUCAGACCAACGGAGCUCCUGCUCUCUUCACCCCAGCCCACUUCUUGCCUGAGCAAGAAACUUUCAGCCAGGAAGUAGGUUCCCAUCUGUCCAGCCAUGGGAGAAGACGCUGCACAAGCAGAAAAGUCCCAGCACCCAAAUGCUGACAUACGCCAGGAGAAGCCAUCCAGCCCCAGCCCAAUGCCUUCCUCCACACCGAGCCCCAGCCUGAACCUGGGGUCCACAGACGAGGCCAUCCGGGACAACUCGCAAGUGAAUGCUGUCACCGUACAUACACUCCUGGAUAAGUUAGUCAACAUGCUGGAUACCGUGAGGGAAAACCAGCACAACAUGGAGCAGAGGCAGAUCAACCUGGAGGGCUCGGUGAAGGGCAUCCAGAACGACCUCACCAAGCUCUCCAAGUACCAGGCCUCCACCAGCAACACAGUGAACAAGCUGUUGGAGAAGUCUCGCAAGGUCAGCGCUCACACACGCGCAGUCCGGGAGCGCCUGGAGAGGCAGAGUGUGCAGGUGAAGAGACUAGAGAGCAACCAUGCCCAACUCCUCCGACGCAACCACUUCAAAGUGCUCAUCUUCCAGGAAGAAAGUGAGAUCCCUGCCAGUGUGUUUGUGAAGGAGCCCAUUCCCGGGACCGCAGAAGGCAAAGAGGAGCUCACUGAGGAGAACAAGUCCCUGGAGGACACUCUGCACAACGUGGACCUCUCCUCGGAUGAUGAACUGCCUGGUGAUGAGGAAGCCCUGGAAGACAGCGCAGAAGAGAAGCUGGAAGAAAGCAGGGCAGAGAAAAUAAAGAGAUCCAGCCUGAGGAAAGUGGAUAGCCUCAAGAAGGCGUUUUCUCGCCAGAACAUCGAGAAAAAGAUGAACAAGCUAGGGACAAAGAUCGUGUCUGUUGAGAGGAGAGAAAAGAUUAAGAAGUCACUCACACCCAACCACCAGAAAGCAUCUUCAGGGAAAAGCUCCCCCUUCAAGGUUUCUCCCCUCUCUUUUGGUAGGAAGAAAGUCCGAGAGGGAGAAAGCUCUGCAGAAAACGAGCCCAAGUUAGAAGACCAGAUGCAGAAUGACCGUGAGGAGGGCUCUUUCACAGAGAAUCUUUCCGAAGCAUCCCUCCCCAGCGGCCUGGCGGAGGGCAGCGCAGAAGAUGGUGAGAAGUCAGCCUCGAAAGGGAACAACUCCGGUGUGGGCAGCAACGCUGACCUGACCAUUAUGGAAGAUGAAGAAGGGGAGUCGGUGGGCCUGCAGCAGGCUCAGCAGGUGCGCUAUGAAAGCAGCUACCUGCUCAACACCGAAGAGAUGGAAGGAUCUAGUGAGAAACAGGUCCAGCCGGCUGUGCUGCAUGUGGACCAGACUGCCUGAGUGCACAGCCAGAACCCUGGGCCAGUUGCAAAACCCAGUACUGGCUUGAUAGUAUCUGCAUCCCAUUAACCACCUCUGCACCUCUCCAUCUCUGCCUGCUCCCUGCUAUGACUGUCCAGGCCAUAAUUGCUGGUCAUACAGUACCCUCAGAUAUACAUGGGAUCGAGGAAGCAAACUGCUAGGGAUUCCACUUUCAAAUUGCUCUUAGGUUCUGUUUGUGUAGAAUUUCUCCACGAUUGGAAGACGAAAGAAACGGAGCAAUUAAAAAUCACCAAUCUAUUUGGCUUAGUCAAAAAAAAAAAAAAGAAGAAAAGAAAAAAAAGAAACAAAAAACAACAACAAAAGAAAAAAACUACAGGAUAUUUAAGACAGUAGUCAUGAAAUGUGAUUUUUUUUCCUGGUCAUUCUAUCACCUUGCUGAAUAGUGUAGCAGUAAUAUAGUGAAUUCUUACCAUAGUCUAUGAAUGAUUAUUCUUCAAAUAUAUGAUAUACAGUACACAUAAGUCUGUAAGCUGAGGAUAUAACUCUGUAUUUUAAGGGAAAAGAAUUAAAAAGGAUAGAGCAGAAUUCUCAGCUGAUUAUUCCCUCCCAGAAGCCAUUGUUUAUUACAAGUGAGGGGAUUGAAAGGCUAUAAUGGUCAGGAAAGAGCAUGAGGACUAUUAGGCCAGAAAACUAAGGUGGGACAAUUGGAAAAAUGAGUGAAAUGGAAAAGAAAGAAUGCCAAAAAGAAUAAUGACAAGGAGGAAAAAAGGAUGUGCUUAAAAGGUGAAAUGUUGACAUUUUAAAAUCUAUUUUGCUCUUUAGAUAACAAUACGAAAGAAGUUCAUAUGCCUUGCAAGGAUACGUCUUAUCUUCCCAAUAUUUUCAUAGUCUGGUAUUAAAUAGUAUAACCAGAUAUCCUGAUACAAAAGUUGUGGUUCUUCUUGCUGAAUAAAUGGUAGAACACAUCCUCCUGUGAAGAAGUUUAAAAGGACAUUAUAUCUUUAACAUUGAAAUAAUAUGUCUGUAAUCAGUAGAAUGUUAUGGGAAAGCCAGUCACAUGAUUCUUUAAUAUUUUUUCCAUAGAAGGUAGAACAAGCCAGCUUGGAUGCUUCCACUCCAAAUAUGAUAUAGGUUUAUAAGGUGUUCAAACCUGCAUGUUUAGGAAGACAAAGUUUCAGUUUUCCCUUUUUUAUAAACAUAAUGGUAAUGUCAUUCCAAGUAAUAUUUUGUUUAUACAUUAAUUUCACAGGAUAGUAAUGUAUUUUAGCUUCUAAAAGCAUGCUAGUGUUUCAUGUAAUGUGUAUGCUCAUUCUGUCUAACAUACUAAAAAGUUGCUUUAUCUUUUUUCAUUACAAAAUGCCUAUGUUUUUGUUAAUUACAGUUAAGGAGACUGGGGCUUGGACUCUCCUCUGAGUGUGCAGUACCACAAGUGAUCUGACAGGCCAGGUGAUGCUAAGCAGCAGUCACAAGCUGUCUCUGACUAUAAGAAGGGGGAUGAGAUGAAUACAGUGUAUUGAUGGUGUGGCCUAUUCACCUGUGUUCCUAUGUGGCAAUAAAUGUAACCCCAAAUACCAAACUGUUGAACUAACAAUGCCUGUGUGGAAUAAGAUUAAAUAAACCAAAAAAAUAAGAAGUAUAUAACAAUGUCAGUUUGUUUGGCCAAACGAUCUUGCAGGCAGAAGGAACUGAUUUCAAGAUGUUUUCUGAAUGUAACAGUAAUGUUGAUGGCUUCAGUCUUGUUUCCCCUAUUAACUCAGCUUUCAUUUUCCCCUUGAUCUCAUUUAGAAAUCCAACACUCAUUCUUCAAGUUUAACUUUCUUGACACCACCUUGCCAGCCCUAUAUCAUCUGGAUUUAUUGCAGCAGCUUGAUUAAUUUGAUAGUGCCAUCUGCAUUUGAUCGUAUUGCACCAGGACUUAUGAUACCCUCAGUAGCCCUGCAAUCCUGAAUCUGUUGAGCUGUUUAUUCAGUUUGUUCACUCAAAUACAUUCUGUCCCCUGCUGUGCCAUAGACUCCUUUACAUGGCACUCAAAGCAGGCUUGGUCCACCUUCUACAAAGUGACUGCCAGUUAAUGUGGCUGAUGAGUUGGGGGAUCCAUAGUCCAUGAAAAAUUUCCACCUCCCACUGCAAAAUUACUUUAUUUAUUCCUAUACACUAGAUGCUUGUCAGUGGAAACUGCAUAGGAACAUCUAUUCUAUGUUCCACAUUUAUUCUAUGUUCCACAGUCGAAGCUUAAAAAUCCAAAGCAAUAAAACAGAGAAUUAGGCCAGAUAAUUGUUGGGAAACACACACCAUAGGGAUUAGAGCUAGCAGCAUCUGUGGCGAUGGAACCUAUUUGUUUUGUAUUACUGUUGAAUUAUUUGCAUACUGGUGAGGCUGUGAAGUCCCCAAAUUAGAUAUGUCUUCUUCCCAUCCAUCCAAUAAACCAUUCCUAACUUUG